AGAGGGGGAACUUUAAAGGAAUUAAUUACACUGAUCUUUGAGAUUGUAGAUGAAGGCCAUUGGGUCAGGGGUAUCAUCAGCUUUUUAGUUAUUGGUUUGCUCAGUACUUUGUCCUUCAGUGUAAUUAAUUGCUUUAAGUUACACUCACUUGUGGAGAGAGGUUGAGCAGGUUGGGAGCAUAGGAGAAUGAGGGGUGAUCUUACAGAGGUGUAUAAAAUCAUGAGUGGUGUAGAUAGGGUGAAUGUGCACAGUCUUUUUCCCAGGGUUGGGGAAUCAAGAACCAGAGGGGAUGGGUUUAAGCUGAGGGGCAACUUUUUCACUCAGAGAUUGCUCAGUAUAUGGAACGAGUUGCCAGAGGAAUUGGUUAAGGCAGGUACAAUUAAAAGGCACAUGGAAAAGUGCAUAGAAAAGAUUUGGAGGGAUAUGGGCCAAAUGCCUGCAGAUAGGAUUAGUUUAGACUGGAAUUUGGUCAGCAUGGACCAGUUGGACCAAGUGGCCUGCUUCUGUGCUGUAUGACUCUAUUACUUUGUUCUCCUUUCUCUCUUUUAUCCCUAGGUUAUGUGUAUUUUUAUGUUUUUUUUUAAUUAUAACCUAAAAUCAUAUGUUGAGAAAAUGCAUAUAUCCAUAAUUGAGGAAGUGUUAAUUAUUUAUGAAAAUAUAACAUUAGGCAAAAUAUGGCUUAAGGCAGGGGAUCAUUGUUAGAGUUUAUUGAGGAUGUCACUAGCAGGACAGUUUUAUUUUUAUUUAUUCAGUUGAUGACUUGGGUGAAGGGUCCAGAUUUAACUUAUCCAAGUUUGCUGAUGGUACAAAGAUUGGUGGGGAAAGAAGUCGUGAGCAGGACAGUCUGUAGAGGGAUGUGAAUGGGUGAGCGAGUGGGGAAGAUGAAUGUCGCAAGAGGCUACAUUCUAAAAGUCAGGAAUUCUCGCAUGAAGGGCUUUGCUUAGAGUAACCUCGAGCAGAAAACAAUGGAGACACAAGGCUGCAGAGUCGGGAUUUGGAGCGGGAGCUUUGAAAAGAGGGUAUUGGUGAGACCACACCUGGAAUGGUGACAUGAGAUUCUGCAGAUGCUGAUAUCUGGAGCAACACACAAAAUGCUGGAGGAACUCAGCAGGUCAGGCAGCAUCUAAGGAGGAAAAUAAACAGUUGACAUUUCGGGUCGAGACCCUUCAUCAAGACUGGAAUACUGAACAGUUUUGCCCCUUUAUACAAGAAAGAAUACACUGGCAUUGGAAGCAGUCCUAAAGAGACUCACUUAUACGUUUCUGGGAUGAGAGGGUUGUCCUUUCACCAACAACUAAAGAUGUUAGACGUGUUUUCUGUGGAGCUUGGAAGAAUGAAUUGAAACCUAAAAGGUUCUGAGAGGCCAUGAGUUUUGUGCCGGGACAUCACCACGAAAAAGCUCUGUGAUAAUUUGGUGCGUGUUCAGCCUCCACAGUUCCACCACUGCCCUUCGUGAUGCUGGAGGACAGGGUGCUGCCGGACGAUGGGUCUCUGACCAUUCCUGUCCUUGUCGUGGGAAAUGGGCCCUCAGGAAUCUGCCUGUCCUACUUACUGUCUGGAUACAGACCCUACCUGUCACCUCUAGCAAGCCACCCAAACCCAAUCCUGCAGCGCAAACUGGAGGAGAACCGCCACCUGUCGAUCGUUGACCAGGAUCUGGAGUGGCUGUCUGAAGGUUUGGAGGGACGCUCCUCGAAUCCAGUGGCUGUGCUCUUUGACACUCUUCUCCUGCCUGAUGGUGACUAUGGUCUGGAUCACACUUCUCCCUUGUGGUGGAGACUAGAGGCUGCACAGAGUAUAUCACAUCUGGUCCUGGGCACAGGAUUACCUGGAGGUUCCUGGCAUGAUAUGGAGGGCUCGAUGCUCACACUGAGUUUUGGCAACUGGAUGGAGUUACCGGGUCUGAAAAUGAAGGACUGGGUCAGCGAGAAGCGCAGGAGCCUGAGGAAUGACCGUGUGCUCCCAGCUGAGGUUGCUGCCUAUUACCAGAACUUUGUCGGUGAGAUGGGGCUGGAGAAGAACUUUGUGUCCAGCAGCUGUGUGACGGCGCUGCGUCGGGCUGGCAGUGAGGGGGAGGUGGGUGGAGAGCGCUGUGUGACCCGGGAGAGCAGAGAGGACGGGACGUGCUGUCAAGCGGCUCCAUCCUUGUGGGAGGUCCAGGGGUAUCAGACCUCGAGGGACGGGAGCCGGACACCCUUUCUGAUCCGAGCCGAGAACGUGGUCUUGGCGACAGGGACCCACGAUGAGCCAGUGCGGCUGGGGGUGGAAGGCGAGGACUUGCCCUAUGUGUGUCACAGUAUCUCGGAGUUGGAGGUGGCUGUUGCCCAGGGCCGGCUGAACCAGUUCUCGGAUCCCGUGUUGAUCGUCGGUGCUGGACUGACCGCGGCUGACGCCAUUCUCUGUGCCCACCACGGGAGUGUCCCGGUCCUGCACGCCUUCCGCUGCUCGGUCACCGAUCCCAACCUGAUCUUUAACCAGCUGCCCAAGGUGCUUUACCCAGAGUACCACAAGGUGCACCAGAUGAUGAGCCAGCAGUGUGUGGGUGAGGAGCCCACCUCCUACCGUGGUUACACCAGCCUCCCUCAGCACAGGGUCCGCAGCUUCCAGCCCGAUCGGAAGUGCAUCCUGGAAAGUUGGGACAAGGUUCAGACAGGGGUGAGCGUCUCCAUGGCACUGGUGCUGAUUGGGACCAACCCCAGGCUUUCUUUCCUGAGGGACAAUGGAGUCUACCUGGGUCUGGACCCGAAGCUGCCCAUCUCCUGCCGUUACAACCCUCUGCACAUCCACCCUUACACUUACGAGCUGGUGCAGGAGCCCACUCUGUUUGCAAUGGGACCUCUGGUGGGUGAUAACUUUGUGCGGUUUGUCAAGGGUGGGGCUCUGGCAAUCACCAGCUGCCUGGUAAAGCGGCACAAGGAGCAGUGGUUCCCCACAAACUGAGACUGGAGUCUCCAGACCAGGAGAGGAAGAGAACCUGUGUUUGUGUCCUUCGUGGGGUCUGACAGCUGCUUCAGGCAUGUUGUAAGGAGUCCCCAAGGUGGUUUUACUUUGAGAUAUUCCACUGAUCUGGUUCUUCAACACACUAAGUCAGGUGUGAAGGGAAUUCACUCCCUGAUCCUGUGUGGAAUGUUGAUGGUCUCCAUUAGUUGAGGAGAGGGAUAUAUUGGGAUGAAGAUCCUCCGUUCCUGUCGAGGCAGGCACUGGCAUGGUUCUUGGUGUGGCUGUCCUGGUCUGAAGACUGGAGACAUGGGGUGCCCAUGUUUUCAUCCCAUCACAUUCCAACAUGAAAAGCCCGGAGAGACAGAAUGGAAGAGAUUUCUCUUGCUGUUUCCUGAAGUUUUGUCCUGUACUGUCACUAGGGGUGGCGGCCAAAGCUUUGUACUUGGCUUGAAUCACGGGGAGGUUUGAGCCAACACUGCCAUGUCGCUGGUAAUUAACUGUAUGGGUCGCGUCCCACGGGUGGGGAUUGAAUUGUGAUUCCUGUUGUGUGUGGGCUAUAGUCAUGGACGUGAUGUUAAUUCUCAUGAAGUUUCACCGUGCCCCAAAGCAAUGACCCUGUCGGGAGUUGUCCAAGGCUGGGACUGACCCAGAAGGGUGGUCGGCACCCCUCCCGGGGCUGAGGCCCCGCCACACCUCGCUGGAGUCGGGUGUGCGGAGAUCGGACGUUUACUUCAGAGCAGUGUUGUCCGCUGAAAGUGAGGGUUCAGGACCAGACCAGGCCUGAACCCACCGUCAGUGAGUGGGGGGCGGGCUGGAGUGACAGGGAUAGAACCGAUCGAGAAAGAGGAGGUGAAGGGGAGGGCAAGUAAAUAAUUGUUUGCGGAAUUGCGGAAUGAGAUUGAAGAUGUAAUUGUCCCUGUCUGGAGCAGCAGACUGGCACCGUGUUGGUGAUUACUUUCUCAUUAAAGGGCUGAAGUUGUGGCGAAAACUUCAUGUGGUGUUAAUGUGUUAAUCCAGCAAGCUGCAGGAGCUGAGAAACGAUCCACGGUGUGCACGGGGGAGAACGGAGACUGAGGACAGACUGGGUCCCUCCUGCCCCCGACACACUGACAAUUCGGGCAUCAUCACCACUUCCCUGUGGAGUCCUGGGCCGCCCUGUGGUUGUUGCAAGUCCUGGGACAGGACAAACUGCAGCUGCCCUCCUGCUGGGAUAUUCCUUCAAUAUGGAGCCACUACUCUGUGUGAGGGUGUUGGUGAUUCCCCCGGUCCCCCCUCUCUGUCCCUGCACACCUGCAGCAGGGAGAGCAUGCUGGGUUAGGGUUUGGGGUUCUCUGUCCCAGGGCCCUGUGGGGGCAUUCAUUUCAAGAGGUAUAGUAUAUAAAAGUAGGGAGGUGUUGAUAAGGCUCUACGGGGCACUAGUGAGGCCUCAUUUGGAAUACUGUGUGCAGUUUUGGGCCCCAUAUCUUAGGAAGGAUGUGCUGACGUUGGAGAGGGUUCAGAGGAGAUUUACGAGGAUGAUUCCCAGAAUGAAAGGGCUUACAUAUGAUGAGCGUUUGUCAGCUCUUGGACUGUACUCACUGGGGUACAGGAGAAUGAGAGGGGACCUCAUAGAAACAUUUAGAAUGUUGAAAGGACUGGACAGAGUAGAUGUGGUUAAGCUGUUUCCCUUGGUGGGUGAGUCCAGGACCAGAGGGCACAAUCUUAGAAUUAGAGGGUACCGGUUUAAAACAGAGAUGAGGAGAAAUUUCUUUAGCCAGAGGGUAGUGAAUUUAUGGAAUUCUUUGCCACAUACAGCAGUGGAGGCCCGAUCAUUGGAGGCGUUUAAGGAGGAGAUAGAUAGGUAUCUAAUUAGUCAAGGUAUCAAGGGAUAUGGGGAUAAGGCCAGAAAUUGGGGCUAGAAAGGAACAGGUUUUUUCCCUUUAGCUCAUGGAGCACUUUUUCCCCCAUUUCUCAUUUCUUUUUCCCUUUUUUCUUCUUUUUCCUUUUCCUUGGAGCAGACUCGAUGGAACGAAUGGUCUACUUCUGCUCCCUUGUCUUGUGAUCUGGUUUGGGGUUCUGUGUCCCGGGGCCCUGUGGGGGUUCAGGGUUCUCUGUCCCAGGUCUGUGGCUGCUCCAUUGCCUCAAGUUGAGAAGGAUGGAGUUUUGGACACGGGGAAAUGGGCUGUGAGAGAAAGUGGGUGAGGUACCAGGUCUGGUGCAGUGGGGCCUGGGGUCAUCUCAGCCAGUUUGUCAGGUUCUUCCCCCCCUCCCCCCACCCCCCUACAGGCUGACCACCCUCCGUCUGCCCCCAUCAUGGGGGGGGGGUUAGUGUCUGCACACAACCUGCCUGUCGGAGGGGGAGGGGGGAGCAGUGAGGAGAGGCCAGUCUCCCCUCACGGGGAAAGGGGGAACUGUGACUGCCUUUGACCGUCUGCCCCCCCAGCAAACCAGUGGGUCCUGAUCCGAGGAGCCACGGGGCUGUUGACACACCCUGACUGUCAGUCAGCGCUGGAGUUCAGUGGUGUGCAUGGCCUCUCGCACCGGGACUGGCACAAAGGCAGCAAGCUGCUUCAGGUGGGAAGUGAUGAGAUCUGUCGCCGGUUACUGACACUAAACUUCCUCCAGUCCUAACCGACCCACCGGGGUCUGUGGGGGCAGUGGUCAGCCGGCCGUCCUUGGGCUGGGGUUGUGGGGCCGCGACCACCCGACCUCCCCUCCAGAUCCCCCUCAUUAACCCUGACCAGGGGCAUUGUAUGGGCAGGCACAGUAGUGUAGUGGUUAGUGUAAUGCUAUUACCGCACCACCAACCCGGGUUCAAUUCCGGCUGCUGUCUGUAAGGAGUUUGUACAUUCUCCCUGUAUCUGCGUGGGUUUCCUCCGGGUGCUCCAGUUUCCUCCCACAUUCCAAAGACGUACGGGUUAGGAAGCUGUGGGCAUGCUAUGUUGGCGCCGGAAGUGUGGCAACGCUUGCGGGCUGCCCCCAGAACACUCCACGUGAAAAGGUACAUUUCACUGUGUGUUUCAAUGUACACGUGACUAAUAAAGAUAUCUUAUCAUUGGGUUCCGUUUAAGUUGUGUCGACUGAUGGAUAAAUAUCGGCCUCGGGGAACAGAAGCGCUCCCUGUUCUUCAUUGUAGGCAAAGGCAGGGGACAGGCCCCAGGCCCUGACACUGAGCAGGGACCUCACUUCCCUCCCACCCCUGAUACUCCACCAGGAUCUCCCCACUCUCUCUCACUGAUCUCGCCCCCUGCCCUGAUCUCAUACCCCAGCACCACCCUCAACACUCGCUCUCUCUGCCCACUGUGAGCGCUCCCUUCGCUGCUUCCUCCGUGCCUAUUUCUUUGGCAGGGAGUCCCUUCCCCCCACUGACCU